AUGACGAUGAUGCGAGGGCAUCGCAAUCAACGACAUCCGACACAACACCAGUCACGGCAACACACCGAAUUGUCCAGGUCCUCAACGCUGAAGAUAUGUUUCGCGAUAGCGAAACUGAUAAGACAUGGAGAUCCUAUUAAGAAGUAUCCAAACAGUCACACAUAAACAAUCAACACGGCAAGAAGGGUACUAAGGCCAGCGACAUAAGGGCGAAGCACAAUUCUCAAUAUCCACUCCAUCAACUUUGAGAUGGAUCGUUGAGCGAGCUCACAGCUGCGCUCGCUAGCGUGUUUACAUUCUUUCCACCAACGUGUGUCUGUCCACCCACCUUACAACGCGCCGUUUGCUCCGACACCCAGUCACUCCACCACCGCGUACCAAGCAAGACGAUACAACCCACCCACCCCAAGCUAAGACCAGCCCAUCGGCGUGCUCUGAGAGAUAUCUCCGUCAGAGUCUACUACAGCGAGCUCAAGACUGGAAUCCGCCUAGCAGAUUUUUCCACGGCUGAAGACAAGAAGGAGCUUCUACUACGACCUU